CGGCGUCAGCUGGAAAUCAGCGUUAACCUCUGAUUGGUCCAUUUGUGAGCUUGACAGCAUACGUCAUCAGACGCUCAUCUUGAAUGAAAAUUGCCGUCCAACUCAACUACAGUUAGAUUACAGCGUGACGUUAACGAUGGAAGCAAUGGCGGAUAACAACAACCAACAGCGCAUUGAAAUCAGCCAAGAUUUUGAUUUCGAGGAGAAAUUAAUCUCUGAAAUAAAAAAGCGACCUAAUUUGUAUAAUGUAAGAUCUAAAUCUUACAAAGAUUUAGUGCUUAAGAACAAUCUAUGGUUAGAGAUUGAAAAAGAGACAGGAAUUGCAGUUGAUACGUUAAAGAAAAGGUGGAAAACAAUAAGAGAUUAUUACGUCAGAAAUAAAAAGAAACUUCCUACUGGUUCUGCAGCAAAACGAAAAUGCAUUGAUAUGCAAAGAAUGGACUCUUUAAGGUUUUUAGAAGGAACAUACAUAUUGAAAAAUGAAACGCUCUCUAAUGUCCGGGCAUCAACGUCAUCAGAAAAUCAGCAUGAUAUAGGACUGAUUGCCGAAGGCGAUAAUGAGAGUAUCUGCUAUGAAGAUGAUGAUACUCCACAAGACACAGACACAGAUCAGAGUUUGGAGCUUAUAGAAGAGGGAAAUUAUGUUUCUUUUGAAGAAACGAGCAAACCCGGUAACUCCUUUUACAACCAAUCUAGUACUAGGCAAAAGGUUAGCAAAAAAGAACGUUACUGGCAGGAACUGCAAGCUUCAAGGAAAGAAAGAACAGAAAUUUUAAAGUCCUUGUUAAAAGAGAAAGAAGAUGAAAUAGAUGUUUUUUUUAAGUCUAUUGCCAUGACUGUAAAGUCUUUUCCAGAAAGACUGCAAGUUGACGCAAAAAGAAAAAUUGCUAAUAUGAUAUUCGAUCUUGAAGAAGAAAACAUUAAUAAUUGAUACUUUGUUACAAUUAUUAUGCAUAAUAUAUAUGGAUAUAGAUAUAUAU